ACCCGAGAAUUAAAAAUGUGAGAACUUUUUAAAAUAUUUUUAUUAAUUUUCUCUCUUACUGGAUCAGAGUUUAUACUGAGAGAUGUGUCACUGCGGUGCAGUUAUAAAAACUUUGGUUUUCCUCAUAUUUUCUUUUCAUCUUUCAUCAGCAGUCACACACACUCUGCAGCACGUCUUAACUGCAGUUACACCAGGAAUAAAUUUCCCAGAGUUCACCAUUGUGGGUCAGGUGGACGGACAGGAGUUUGAGUACUAUGACAGUAAGAUCAGGAAGGCGAUCCCGAAGACAGACUGGAUACAGAGGAAUGAGGGAGAUGAUUAUUGGAGCGGUCAGACACAGAUUGCAGAGGGUCAGCAGGAGAUCUUUAAAGUCGAUAUGAGUACACUGAUGGGUCGUUUUAACCAGACUAAAGGAGUUCACACAGUCCAGAAGAUGUGUAGCUGUGAGUUGGAUGAUGACGGCACCACUAGAGGAUACGAACAGUUCGGGUAUGAUGGAGAAGAUUUCAUUACCUUUGAUCUGAAGACUCUGACUUGGAUCGCUCCGACACCUCAGGCUCUGAUCACCAAGAACAAGUGGGAUCAAACAGGAGCUGUGGCUAAUAAAUGGAAGAACUACCUGGAGAACACCUGUAUCAACUGGAUAAAGAAGUACCUGACUUACGACAGAGAGACUCUGGAGAGGAAAGUUCAUCCCGAGGUGUCAGUGUUUGAGAAGCACUCGUCUUCUCCAGAGGUGGUGUGUCACGCUACAGGUUUCUUCCCCAAAGCAGUGAUGAUCACCUGGCAGAAGGACGGAGAGGACGUACAUGAGGACGUGGAGCUCAGAGAGACGUUACCCAACCAGGAUGGAAGCUUUCAGAAGAGAAGCAUUCUGAGAGUCCCAGCUGAGGAGCUGCAGAAACACACCUACACCUGCGUGGUUCAGCACAGCAGCUUGGAGAAGGACAUCGUGCUAAAUGUGAGCUAUCGCCAAAUCCUGAAAGGUCAGAGAAACACAUUCCUAAUAAACUAAAGCUGUAGAGAGUGAAAGCUGAUUUCUUGCUGCAGCAGAUAAUAAAGACUCUGUGCUGAUUUAACAGGUGGAGGAUCGAUUGCUAUCAUCAUCGCUGUAGUCGCGGCUCUCGUCGUUCUUGUCGCCGUUGUUGCUGGAAUUGUGGUCUGGAAGAAGAAGAACUCUGGCUUCAAACCUGUUCCACACAAACCCUCCUCUGAAGGAGAUUCUUCCUCCAACAACUCUUAAAGUCUGACUGUGUGUCUUCCUGCUGAACUGAGAGAGUAAGACAUGAUGGAGUUUACAAUUCAACAUUUAGUGCGCUAACAUUCAGUCUCAGCUCAGAGCUCAUCCUGUUUUUGUCUGUCUGUUCUUCUAGGGGAAAUGAGGAGAAGGGGAGGAGGAACAAUGAUUUGAUUGUCAGAUUGUCAGCAGCAAACGAUGAUUGUAUGGAUUGUCAGGGUGUAAUUUUUGCACUCUGUAAAUCCUCUAUUUGGUUUUAAUGUGUGUUUCAGUACACACACACAUUAUUGAGCUUUACCACAGUGAGAUUGUCCUCAAUGUGUGUGUGUGUGUGUGUGUGUGUGAAGCUGAUCUGUGUGUCUGAAACAGAACCUGGGUUCUUCAGAUGUGAGAGGUGUUGAAGAGAUAAAGUGACUAAAGUGUAAAAGAACAGGAGUGAACUAAUUAUAGCACUGAUCACAUUAUUUAUUAUUUAACUCAGUUUAAAGAUAAAACAAUCCAUUAAAUACCUGUUCACAUCUGUACCACCCAAAUCUAUAUUCAUUUCUUUGUUUAUUUAUUUAUUUAUUGGUUUGAUAAUACCAUUAAUCCCAAAACAACCUCCUGAUCCCUGCUGAUUUCACCUGCUGAAUAUGUUUUAAAGAGAUUUCUCAACCCCUGUCCGUAUAAACCUUGUGUUUAUAGUGAUGCCCAACAUUUUCAGCCAUAAAAGUAUUACUCUUCAUGUAUAUCGCUGUGAAUUUAAAUUACAUGUGAUAAAGUGACACAGAACGGUA